GCUGAGAAUGGGGGUUUUCCUCCUCCGGAUCGCGCCAGCCCCGCCCCUUCCUCUCUUCGCCGGAAGUGGCGACGAGGGCCACUGAGGGGCCGUGAGCGGGCCGGUCGAUGGGGGCAGUCGGUCCUGGCUCGGGGCGGGAUGCUGUCGCUGGGGCUGCUCUGGCGGGCGCUCUCUAGCGGGGGGCAUGAGGCCCUGCGGGGGAAGGAGCAGGAGCGGCCCGAGACCCGGGGGAGAGGAGCCGCCGCCGCCGCCGCCAUGGAGCAGGAGCGGGCGCUCGAGGUCUACGACAUAAUUCGAACUAUCCAGGACCCAGAGAAACCCAACACUUUAGAAGAACUAGACGUGGUAUCAGAAAGCUGCGUUGAAGUGCAUGAAAUUAGUGAAGAUGAAUAUCUGGUUAUAAUCAGGUUUACGCCAACAGUACCUCAUUGCUCUUUGGCUACUCUCAUUGGUCUGUGUUUGAGGAUCAAGCUGCAGAGAUGUUUACCUUUUAAACAUAAGUUGGAAAUAUACGUAUCAGAGGGGGCACAUUCCACCGAAGAGGACAUAAACAAACAAAUCAAUGACAAAGAGAGAGUAGCCGCUGCAAUGGAGAAUCCUCACUUGCGGGAGAUUGUGGAGCAGUGUGUUCUGGACCCGGACUAGCAACCGUGGCUGGCAGUAGCCAUUGUUGAGCCAGGAUCUUUCUGGCACAUUGGGAUUCAUGUCUGUGUAAAAAAAUAUGGAGGCUGUGAAUUUAAUACUGGAGAGUUCUUUGUACCUUCUGCAUAUUUUUAAUAAAUCAUUUUAUAAAAAUCCAUUUAAAUUUCAAAGGAGAGAGUAUAAUCUUUGAUCAGUUUUAAAGGAUCGUGAAAAAUUCAUAAUCUUUGAAAAUUUUAUUUUAUAGAAGGAUUAUGAAAACGUUCGUUCUGUUGCCACCUAAUGAAUAUGCAUUGUAAUUUUUUUAAAUCUGAUUUUUAAGAUCAGUUUUGAUACAUUGCUAUGGUGGAGUGCAUUUGAUUCGCUGCCAGUGUGAGAUAUAAAUAAAAUACAGAGUUUUUAAAGUUAAAAUUGUCUUCAGUAUCAUGAAAACUUCCUUGUAGGUUAAAAGAAACAAAGAUAGAUUAAAGCAGAUUAAGAAACAUACGCUGAACCUGGCACUUCUGAAAACGGGGUAAAAAUAAUGUGAUGGUGGCAACCCUAUAGAUAUUUACAGAAGACUAAGCCCCAUUGCAGAACUGAGGUAGGGCACCUCGCCAGGCCAUUUUGGGGAAAUCUUGCCUGCCUGCCCGUCCGCCUAUCCUACACUCAAUGUUGUACAAAAGACAGGACUUCAAAGGAGCAAUUUGCAGCAUAAAGUGGGCUCCCAAUUGCUCCUUUGCUGGAGCCAGGCAUGCUCCCAGCUGCCCAUCAGCUGAAAGAUGGGCGUGCCUUGCUGAAAGAGGCAGAAGCAGUUUCCUUUCAAUAGACGCUGCUUCUGCCUCCUGGAGCUGCUCUUUGGUUGAAGUCAUCCUGUGUGGCUCCUUUCCACCUCCAACCUCUGGGAUGGAAAGGAGAAGCACAGGAGUCUUGCAAAGGGCAAGGGAUUUUGACAGGUGGGUGGGGCAAUCCACAUGUCAAUAAUAUGAUGUCAUAAUGAUGUCCUGUGAUUGACCAGUGGAUUGCCCUGCCCACCUGUCAAAGUUGGCUUGUGGGGUGUGGCCAGAUAAAGUUCUGCCCCUCCCACCCCCAGCAAAAAGGUUCUUUAACCUUGCUGUAGAACUUCUGAGUGAAGGUGGUUAGGGUUGGGUUGCCAGUAAUGAGUCUUUCUGUUUGAGGAAAUUUGAUCAAUUUCAGGAAAUGACCAAUUUGUGGGAAGAAAAUGGGUCAUAAAGAAUUUGUGAUUCUCUCUGUGUGUCUUGCCAUGUUCUGAAAGUUAUUGACUGACAAAUUACCUUUUCUUCCAGUAUCUGUAACUAUCCCAUAUUUUUUUUUAUUAUAACAACUUCAACAAGUGCACUUAAAAGUGGCUCACAAAGUAAUGUAAAACAAAAAUAUAAAAUAAAACAUUUCAUUUGAAACCUGAAAAA